AUGGCACGGCGCGCCGCGUCUCUGCUGUCCCACUGGUCCUCGCGUGUUUUUUCCGUGGAGCUCGACGGAGCGCCCACUUAUUUCGCGGUGCGGGAGAAGCGGCGUGGGGAGGACGCGCCGCGCGUGUUCGACGCGGUCCGGAGAGGCGACAGGUGUUUCUCCGUGCUCGUGUGGAGCAGCGACCGGGUCAGAAGCGCCAGGUUUCACGCGCAGCUGAAGGACCGGCUGCUGGGACGCCUCCCCGCGGGGUGCCGCCUGUCUCCCAUGUCGUCCUUCCUCCCGAACGUCAGGGACUCUCUCAUCAAAGGCUACUUUUUAAAGGCCGAUUCUCCCAGUUCAUCGCCGACGGAGCGACUUCUGCGUGAUUUUAGCCAGCGUGACCCGCUGCUCGUGUGCUCGUACCUGAACCCUGACAACGACCAGGUGUGGACUCAGCAGCUGUGGCCAGAUGCGGACAGAGACGGGACGCCGCGGGUGCUCUACGUGGUGCCCUCAGAGGCGCCGCAGGAGCAUCCAUCCACGCUCAACCUCAUCAACUCUGACGUUUUCUACAGUUUUGAAGAGGCCCAAGCGGUUCUUAAACAGUGCGGUGACAUCAUCCCAGAGGCGGCGUCUGUGCUGGAGCUGCUGCCCAGCAGAGCGGAGGCCAGGAGUGAGCCAGACUUCCCUGUUAUUGUCGUAGAGGGCCUGGAUGCCACAGGUAAGACCACGCUUACCCAGGCUCUCCGGGACGCCCUGGGAGCCGCUCUGCUGCCGUCCCCUCCCCGCUGCCUGUCCCCCUGGAGGGCGCGCUUUGAUCAGGAGCCGCCCCUCAUCCGCAGGGCCUUCUACGCUCUGGGGAACUACAUCACGGCAGAGAACAUGAGGCAGGAGGCCACGAAGGCACCCGUCAUCGUUGACAGGUACUGGCACAGCACGGCCGCGUACGCCAUCGGCACGGCGCUGAGCGGGCCGCCCAGCAGCCUUCCGGCCGAGGGCUCGGAGGUGUACCGCUGGCCCGGCGACCUGCUGCAGCCGAGCCUGGUGGUGGUACUCACGCUGGACGGCGAGGAGAGGAAGAGGAGGCUGCGGAACAGAGCUCAGGGAGAGACCGAAGAGGAGCAGCAGCUCGACCACAACCACCUUUUUAGACUCAGGGUUGAGGAGGCUUACCACCGGAUCAGAGGUCCAGCUUGCGUCACAGUGGAUGCCGGUCCUUCUGCCGACCAAGUGCUUCAACAAGUGCUGCUUUUAAUUAGGGACAAAUGCCAGCUGUAAACAUUACUCCAUCGCCCCCCUGCUCGCAGCGCUGCAGUACCUGCGGCCGCCACUGGGUGUCAGUAAGGUGUCGUGGAUGUGAUGGAAGUGUGGAGCAGAGAUUUUAUGCGGUGUGAGUAAAGGGUGCGUGGCUGGGUGCCAGAAACACAUGCUACAGUCGGAAAUAAAUAUUCAAGCAGGCGCACAUACAUUCAUGCACGCAUUAAAAUUGUCAAGUGGAAGUUUGCAUUAAACUGCGGUUGUGACCUCUCAGAAAUCAGUGCAGCUGUCAGACAUACAGGAGAGCAGCUCUUAUUAACAACGACUUGUGUUUGGACUGACAAUGAGGACGUGGAUGGGAGCAUUCGCAGAACAGCCGCUCAGAUCUAUAAAAGCCGUAGCAUGGCUUCAACCGUCAUCUCACUCCAGGAACCAGGUUAAUGAAACACAACGAUGCUUGUGGCCUCCUCUUCGUGUAUAUGAACCUGCCAGCAUGUGUCUGUGGGUGUGUGCUCCAGCUCGUUUCCAUAACUGUACCAGUUUGCCUGUGAACACACUGUUUGCUUUUUGCAGCUCCUUCCAAAGGGCACUUCCUCAAAGUUCAAAUGUGAGAACCUGACAUGACUUAUGCUACUUGCAUUAAUAACCUGUUUGUAUAAGGUUCUGUACAAGCUGUUCUCUUGUUCACACAUAACUAAACUCAUUAUAGCAUUA